CCGGGCGCGAACGCAAGCCAUGGAUUUGUCUUCGACCAAGUGAAGCUCCGAGAAAUUCUACGACAACAUCGAGCACUCUCGACGGACCGCCGGACCCAACCACAGUCAUGCUCCGAUCCUGCCGGCCAACGCGGCUACUCACCCGGCCUCGUCAGCCAUGGAACACCCUUAGCGGCGGUCGUCCGUCCUUUCCGGCGAGGACGCUAGCGACUGCGGUCGGUCGAGGAAUCAGGGUGCAAGCGCCCUCCAAGGAACCGACCGAGCGCGACAGGGUGACCACCCUUCCCAACGGCAUCCGGGUGGCAUCCGAAGACCUUCCUGAUGCUUUCUCGGGCGUGGGCGUCUACAUCGAUGCCGGGUCGCGGUACGAAAACGAGUCGCUGCGCGGCGCGAGUCACAUCAUGGACCGGCUAGCUUUUAAGUCGACCGGGUCGCGGUCGGCCGACGAAAUGCUCGAGACGGUCGAGAAGCUGGGCGGGAACAUUCAGUGCGCGUCCUCGAGGGAGUCGAUGAUGUAUCAGGCGGCGACGUUCAACUCGGCCAUCCCGACCACCGUUGGCCUGCUGGCCGAGACGAUCCGCGACCCGAAGCUCACCGACGAGGAGAUUCAGCAACAAAUCGAGACGGCCGAGUACGAAGUGAGGGAGAUAUGGUCCAAACCGGAGCUGAUUCUGCCCGAGCUGGUGCAUACCGCCGCCUUCAAGGACAACACGCUCGGGAAUCCGCUGCUCUGCCCCCAGGAGAGGUUAGGCGCUAUCAACAGAGACGUCAUCCGGGCGUACCGGGAUGCUUUCUACCGGCCGGAUCGCAUCGUCGUCGCCUUCGCGGGCGUGCCGCACGAAGAGGCCGUUCGGUUGGCCGAGCGACAUUUUGGGGAUAUGGCACCAGCGCCUUCGCCGCUGUCGAGGACGGGCUCGGAAACAUCGCUCGACUCGGCGAGGUCGGAGUCCAGCGGUGCCUCCGACGCCUCGUCUUCUUCCUCCUCCUCGUCUCCAUCCUCCGAUCCCGAGCCAUCCGGGCUGCUCUCCAAGAUUCCAUUCCUCAAGAGCUUCUCCCCAUCCGGCAGCGGCUCUUCUUCCCCUUCCGCCCCCAUCACCCCGAUAACCGCCGAGGACCUGUCCCGCCCGGCACACUACACCGGCGGCUUCUUGUCCCUCCCGCCCCAACCGCUCCCGCUGAACCCCAACCUCCCGACGUUCACGCACAUCCAGCUGGCCUUCGAGGGCCUCCCCAUCUCAUCGGACGACAUCUACGCCCUCGCGACGCUCCAGACCCUCCUGGGCGGCGGCGGCUCCUUCUCGGCCGGCGGGCCCGGCAAGGGCAUGUACUCGCGCCUGUACACCAACGUGCUCAACCAGCACGGCUGGGUCGAGUCGUGCGUCGCCUUCAACCACUCGUACACCGACUCGGGCCUCUUCGGCAUCGCCGCCUCGUGCUACCCGGGCCGCACCGCCGCCAUGCUGCAGGUCAUGUGCCGCGAGCUGCAGGCCCUGACCGUCGAGGGCGGCUACUCGGCCCUCAACCCGGUCGAGGUCGCCCGCGCCAAGAACCAGCUGCGCAGCAGCCUCCUGAUGAACCUCGAGAGCCGCAUGGUCGAGCUCGAGGACCUCGGCCGCCAGGUCCAGGUGCACGGCCGCAAGAUCGCCGUGCGGGAGAUGACGAGGAAGAUCAACGACCUGACGGUCCAGGACCUGCGCCGCGUCGCCAAGAUGGUCGUCGGCGGCAUGGUCGAGAACCGCGGCAAGGGGAGCGGCGCCCCCACCGUCGUGCUGCAGGAGGCGACGGCCCACGGCGUCAAGACCGCGGAGAUGUCGUGGGAUCAGAUACAAGACGUCAUUUAUCAGUGGGGUUUGGGGCGGCGGUAGGAAAAGAGCGAGAGUAGUGGUGUGUUGUGAGGGUCCAUGUAUGUGUGGGUGUGUGUUUGGAAUUGUAAGAACAGGAGGAGUAAGAGGAGGAGUCUCUUGUAACUAUACGCUACUAAACCUUGUAUAGACCUUACCUGUUAUUGUCUGCAUUUCUGGU